AUUGCUUCCGGAGCCUACUCAUGGUGAUUGGUCAACUGUGGCCAAAGCACUUCCGGAGCGGCACUGGUUGGGCACUGAGGCGGUAAGAGGAAGAUGGAGACUGGUCCUGUGUCUGCCUCUCGCCGGCCCCGCCGCGCCCCCGCCUUCAUGAGGGCUCCGUGCCUGCUCUUGCUCCUGCUCCUGCUGCCGUUGCUGGGCCUCGACGCCGCCAGCGCCAGCGCCGGGUCUCGCCGAACCCUCGUGCUGCUAGAGAAUGUCAAUCUGCGCGAGACGCACUCGCUGUUCUUCCGGAGCCUGGCGGACCGUGGCUUUGACCUCACCUACAGAACUGCUGAUGACCCCAGUCUGUCCCUUAUUAAGUAUGGAGAGUUCCUGUAUGACAAUCUUAUUAUCUUCUCUCCUUCCGUGGAAGAUUUUGGAGGCAAUAUCAAUGUAGAAACCAUCAGUUCUUUUAUUGAUGGAGGUGGCAGUGUCCUGGUGGCUGCCAGCUCAGACAUUGGUGACCCACUGAGGGAGCUGGGCAGUGAGUGUGGAAUUGAAUUUGAUGAGGAGAAAACAGCUGUCAUUGACCAUCACAACUAUGAUAUCUCUGACCCUGGAGAGCAUACACUCAUUGUGGCAGACACUGAAAAUCUCCUCAAAGCUCCAACCAUCGUAGGAAGAGCAUCCCUCAAUCCCAUCCUCUUCCGGGGUGUUGGGAUGGUUGCUGAUCCUGAUAAUCCUCUGGUACUGGAUAUUCUGACAGGCUCCUCUACUUCAUAUUCCUUUUUUCCAGAUAAACCCAUCACACAGUAUCCCCAUGCUGUGGGGAAGAACACCCUCCUGAUUGCAGGACUCCAGGCCCGGAAUAACGCCCGAGUCAUCUUCAGUGGCUCCUUGGACUUCUUCAGCGAUGCCUUCUUUAACUCGGCAGUGCAGAAAGCCAGCCCUGGCUCACAGAGAUACUCCCAAACAGGCAACUAUGAGUUGGCAGUUGCCUUGUCCCGAUGGGUGUUCAAGGAGGAAGGUGUGCUUCGUGUAGGGGCUGUGUCUCAUCAUCGAGUAGGAGAGAAGGCCCCACCCAAUGCCUACACUGUCACAGAUCUUGUGGAGUACAGCAUCGUCAUUGAGAAGCUCUCAGAGGGCAAGUGGGUCCCCUUUGAUGGAGAUGACAUUCAGCUAGAGUUUGUCCGGAUUGAUCCUUUUGUGCGGACUUUCUUGAAGAGGAAGGGUGGCAAAUACAGCGUCCAGUUCAAGUUGCCAGAUGUCUAUGGUGUAUUCCAAUUCAAAGUGGAUUACAAUCGGUUGGGCUACACUCAUUUAUACUCCUCCACUCAGGUAUCUGUGCGGCCUCUCCAGCACACACAGUAUGAACGAUUCAUCCCCUCAGCCUUCCCUUACUAUGCGAGUGCUUUCUCCAUGAUGGCUGGGCUUUUCCUUUUCAGUGCCGUCUUCUUGCACAUGAAAGAGAAGGAAAAAUCUGAUUGAAGCAGCAGAGUCCUUGGACCUUUAUGGGCUGUUGAUUUGGCAGGGGGUGGGCGUCUUGGACCAGGCUGACCUCUGUGGGAGACAACUUGGUUACCAGGGGUAGGGCAUCAUUUCCAGCAUCUCUGCCCCUGGGCCUCUGGCAGCUACUGUCAUCCGUUGUGAAAUAAAACUGGUUCCUGAUCCGUGUAAAACACAA